AUGGGGACGGGGCUGUGCCCACCCCUGAGGGGCACGGGGGUCGCGGGACUGAUCCUGCUCCUCUGCCCAGGGUUUACUGGAGCAUCGAGCAUCGUCUACUCCGAAGUGACGGUGCCGAGGCAGCUGGAGCCAAGGCACGGGGCUGUCACAGAGGAGGACAAGGCUUAUUUAAUCAUGGCAGAAGGAAAUUACCACGUCAUCCACCUGACGCAGGCAAAAAAUCUGGUAGCCAAGGACCUCCCGGUUUUCACUUAUGGUGCAGAGGGGGAGCUGAUAACCGAGUUUCCGUACAUUCAGGAUGACUGCUUCUACCAGGGGUUCGUGGAGGGCUCCCCGGGCUCUGUCGUCUCCGUCAGCACGUGCUUUGGGAUCAGCGGAGUCCUGCAAAUCGGAGACCUGAGCUACCAGAUCCAGCCGGUGGAGAACUCCUCGACCUUUCAGCACCUCAUUUUCCGAAAGGCGCCGGCAGGAGGCUCGCCCCCGCUCUGCCAGGUGCCCAGGGAGCACCAGGACCGCCUGCCCGCAGAGGGAGAAAUCACAAAUGGGAGCAGGAAAAUCCUGGUUAUCGAGGAGGUCCCCGGGCUUCACAGCCUGCCCGUGCCCACCAGGUACCUGGAAUUGGCUCUUGUCGCCAACCAGGAGCUGUUCAAAGCUAACAGCUACAACGAAACCCUCAUGCUGCACCUCUUCAUUUCCAUUAGCAACCUCCUGAACACGGUGUACAGGCGCAUGAAGCUGCAGGUCGUCAUCAGCGCGGUGGAGGUGUGGACCAGGGGGGACCAGGUGACGGCCACCCACAGCCUGGCCCAGACGCUGCAGUUCUUCACCACCUGGUGCCAGAGGGACGCUGCAGGGCGCAUCGAGUACGACCACGUGGAGCUGCUGCUCGGCCAGCACUACGCGGAGCGGGGCUUUGCCUGGAAGGGGAUGAUGUGCCAGCCCAACUCUGUCGGUGUUGUCUCGUUCCCUGGCCAGGACACCAUCAGCGAUGUGAUGACCCUGGCGCACGAGAUCGGCCACAGCCUGGGCUUCGACCACGACGACGCAAAACAAUUCCACGACCAAUUCUGUAACUGCAACUGCACCCACAGAGGAUGCAUCAUGCGAUCAUCCCCGGGAUCUUGCUUGGCAUUCAGUAACUGUACUAUGAGAGAAUACUACGAUGAAGUAAUAAGAAAAAAUAAGCCUUGUCUGUUCAACAUACCAUCUUUAAAACCAUUUCUUUUUGAACUCUGUGGCAACGGUGUCUUGGAAAAAGGCGAAGAAUGCGACUGCGGCACUGACGAGGCAUGCCUCGAGUCGGGAUGCUGCUUCUCCUCCAGCUGCUUGCUCGCACCGGGGGCUUCUUGUUACAGAGGCGAAUGCUGUCACAAGUGUCAGUUUCAGCCUGCAGGAAAAGUCUGCAGAGAAUAUAGGAGCACGUGUGACCUGCCGGAGUACUGCAACGGCUCCUCGGCCACCUGCCCCGUGGACGUGUUCAAGCAGGACGGGACGCCCUGCGGCGACAACGACCGCUGCUACGAGGGGCAGUGCCACAGCCACAAGGCACAGUGCAAGGCUUUGUUCGGCAAAGCUGCCCACCGUGCCCCACUGAGCUGCUUCAGGGAAGUGAACGUCCGAGGCGACCGCUGCGGGAACUGCGGCUGGAACGGGACCUACUACACCAAGUGCCGGGAGGAGAACAUCCUCUGCGGAAGAGUGCAGUGUGCUAACAUUAAAAAAGUGCCAGUCCGGCAAGACGGUGAGACCGUGGUUCAGACCACCGUGAACAACGAGCUCUGCUGGGGACUCGAAUUCCACCUGCCCCUGGACACGCCUGACGACGGAUCGGUGAAAGACGGCACGUCGUGCGGAAGGAACAAGAUAUGUAUUAACAGGACGUGUGUCAGUGCAGCUUUUCUCAACAGCGACUGUACAGAGAAACGGUGCAAUGGCAAAGGGGUGUGCAACAACAAGAAAAACUGCCACUGCGAUUUUGGGUGGGCCCCUCCAGACUGCAAGCUGGAAGGAUUUGGAGGCAGCGUUGACAGCGGCCCACCUCCUUCGUACUACUCUGUAAAGAAUAUGGGAAAAGCGGUUGGGACGCUGGUUUUAAUCUUCUUGGUUUUGGGCAUUUUGGUGUACAAGAGGGCUGAAAUUGCCGAGUACAUCCAAAGGUGGCAACUCAGAAGACAGGAAAAAAAACGUGAUACCACUCCUCCUCCUUCAAAAGAGGAGAGUCUAGCAGAGGCAGAUGAAAGUCCUACAGAUUAAGCCAGAGCACUGGCUCUUUGCAGGACACAAGACCCCGAAGGAUGGGAACAGCCUGCACAGGGCUCUGAAAG